AGGGUUACCGCGCCCAUCUCUGCCGUUUGAUGGCCGGAGGAAGCGCUUGAGAGACCGCGGCGAGGAGAAAGAAAGAAAGAAAGAAAGAAAGAAGGAAAGAGCAGGAGAGAGAACGACAGCGGGACAGAAAGGGAGGCUACGUUUGGAUAGGGGCCGGAAUACGCUACUUUAAUUUGAGUCAACGGCAGAAAAAAGAUACGUUGUUUGCAGCUGAAUUUAAUUCUUGUCUAUCUGGGUGUGUGAGCGCGCGCGCGGGUGUGUGUGUGUGUGAGAGAGAGAGAGAGAGAGAGUGUGUGUGUGUGAGAGAGAGAGAGAGAGAGAGAGAGAGAGAGUGUGUGUGAGAGAGAGAGAGAGAGAGGGAGAGAGUGUGUGAGUGUAACGUGCCGCCGUUCUCGCGCCCGUGGUGUGCCGGUGUGUGUUCCCACCGUUUGGCGUAUCGAAAGCUGGGUGCGGGGAGUGGCGCUCCUCGGUAAAGCUUGUUAGCUCGACGGGGAACUCUUUAUCUUUGCUGUUUCCAGUCAAUGCGAUAUAAACAACGGAUUCCCACGACUGAAAACGGGUUACGACUGGAAUCCCGUACAGAUGAUUUCUGCUGCUCUAAUGCACCAAAUAAACCUGGUAAUAGACUGAUCAGUAAGUGACCCAGCGCGAGGCAGGAGUGAAGCAUACCAUUUAGAAGAGGAAAAUGAGCGAACUCGACCAGCUACGUCAGGAGGCUGAACAGCUGAAGAACCAGAUCAGAGAUGCAAGGAAAGCAUGUGCGGAUGCCACCCUGUCUCAGAUUACAGCCAACAUCGACCCGGUUGGGCGAAUUCAGAUGCGUACCCGGCGGACACUGAGAGGUCACCUGGCUAAAAUCUAUGCCAUGCACUGGGGCACUGACUCACGGCUCCUCGUCAGUGCUUCCCAGGAUGGUAAACUUAUCAUUUGGGACAGCUAUACUACAAACAAGGUUCAUGCCAUCCCACUGCGCUCCUCAUGGGUGAUGACGUGUGCAUACGCGCCGUCCGGCAACUACGUGGCUUGCGGUGGCCUGGACAACAUCUGCUCCAUCUACAAUCUGAAGACACGUGAGGGCAAUGUCCGUGUGAGCCGUGAGCUGGCUGGCCAUACAGGUUACCUCUCCUGCUGUCGUUUCCUGGACGACAACCAGAUUGUCACUAGCUCAGGCGACACCACCUGUGCUCUUUGGGACAUUGAGACGGGGCAGCAGACAACCACGUUUGCAGGUCACACUGGGGAUGUGAUGUCUCUGUCUCUGGCCCCGGAUGCACGCUUGUUCGUCUCUGGUGCUUGUGAUGCCUCUGCUAAGCUUUGGGAUAUCAGAGAGGGCAUGUGUAGACAGACCUUCACUGGCCACGAGUCCGACAUCAACGCCAUCUGCUUCUUCCCCAAUGGGAAUGCGUUUGCCACAGGCUCGGACGACGCCACCUGCAGGCUGUUCGACCUGCGUGCCGACCAGGAGCUGAUGGUGUACUCGCAUGACAACAUCAUCUGCGGUAUUACCUCAGUGGCCUUUUCCAAAAGCGGCCGUUUGCUGCUCGCCGGCUACGACGACUUCAACUGCAAUGUGUGGGACACCCUCAAGGCCGACCGUGCAGGUGUCCUGGCAGGCCAUGAUAACCGUGUUAGCUGCUUGGGUGUUACUGAUGAUGGAAUGGCAGUGGCCACAGGCUCAUGGGACAGUUUCCUUAAGAUCUGGAAUUAAAGCCGCAAGAUGGCAUCCGGACUCCAAAGUUGACUGGAAGACCAUUCCAACAUAAUGUUAAAUUUUAUUGCAUAUCCAAUCUUCUUAAACACAACACAACUGACCCCGUUAUCUGAGGAAACAACAGGGCGAAAAUGAUUCUCCUUCCCAUAAAAAGAGCACAAUUAUUUCAUUCAGUACAUCACGUGGAAAUCAGUGGGGUUGACAUUACAUGAUGGGGGGAGGGGGCCAAAAGUAACUGUAGUAACUGUGCAUUCCUACCGGGACCAUUUCUCCAAGCGCUCGUCACACUGCAAGUCGUCAUUUGCGCUAACGUUAUCUAACAGAAAAAAAGGCAGCAGUCGUUUUCCCCUAAUGAGUUGCUGUUUUUUUGUUUUGUUGGGGUUUUUUUCUUUCUUUCAUUUUUUUACAUCCCGUUUACAUACGGUUAGUGUUUCAGAUGAGGAUCAAAAGCUCUUUUAUCACUUAGUCUUUAAAUAUUUUAGAAUCAAGUUUGUAGUUGGAGAAUAAUAUUGACAAUAAUCACGGGUGUUAUAAUACAGCUUUGUUGUGUCCGAAACGAAGAGCAGUUUGAGCCUGACCUGUAUAUUUUAGUCCCACAAUCUAUUUUUGUUUUGUUUCUGUCUAGUCACGAGUCUUUGUUCGCACAGGAAUAAAGCAUUGCAUACAUAGAAUAAUGUUGAAAAUGUUGACUAACCAAGCACAUGUUAAUGAUGAAUGCUCAUUUAAAAAGAAAUGAAAAAGGUCCAUUUAAAAAUAUAUAUAUAUAUUUCUUUCUUUGUUUUUCUUUUU